UGAAACGUCGAUUUGACUUGCUGUGGAGUUAUCAAGGUUGAACUAAAACUGCUUGUUCCUCCUCUCUAGGCCAGCUGGCCAUCUUCUUGACGAUUUGUUCGUGUCGAUUAACCAGUGCUUUGUCCAGAGACAAUGAAAUCUUCGUAGCAAGUCGUUGUCCUUGGUUACUCUCAAUCAAUUCGUUGACUAACCGUAGGACAGUGUGGGCUGCAGAAUACUGCUGCGUCUAGGCCGAUCUGAGCUGGGUUCGUAGAUUCGGUUCUUAUAAUCGAUUCUUAGGUUCUGCACUGCAAUGACGUUACUCGACUUGUCGGCGGAAGCCGUACAUACAACAACCCCUGCCAGCACACAGGCAGACGCCGAAGCCGUUUUGCAGAAAGGCUGCGGCGAGUACGGAUGCGCACACUAUCGAAGACGAUGCAAGAUCAAGGCUCCGUGCUGCGACGAGGUGUUUGACUGCCGACACUGCCAUAACGACGCCAAAAGUCAUUCGGAGGACAAAGGCCGCCAUGAGAUUUCUCGGCAUAAGAUUGAGCUGGUGAUUUGCUCCUUGUGUGCAACCGAGCAAGAGGUGCAGCAAGUAUGCAAGGCGUGUGGAGUGUGCAUGGGACGGUAUUUCUGCAGCAAGUGCAAGUUCUACGAUGAUGAGGUUUCAAAGGAGCACUUCCACUGCGACGAGUGCGGCAUCUGCAGAGUUGGUGGCAAGGACAAGUUCUUCCACUGCUCCAAGUGUGGCUGCUGCUACGCCACUUCCUUGAGAGAGGAUCACCGCUGCGUCGAGAAAUCCAUGCACCACAACUGCCCCGUUUGCUUCGAGUUUCUGUUCGAGUCGUUGCGGGAGACGUCAGUGCUGCGGGAGUGCGGGCACACGAUCCACACGGAGUGCUUGGACGAGCUGAGGAAGCACAACAGGUACGCAUGCCCCAUCUGCUGCAAGACCAUGUUUGACAUGUCGCGAGUGUGGGCCCAGCUAGACCAGGAGGUUGCCGCAACGCCCAUGCCAGAAGCCUACCAGAAUCAAAUGACCCCCAUCCUGUGCAACGACUGUGGGGGCAGCGGCUCUGUGCCUUUCCAUGUGGUGGGGCACAAGUGCCCGCACUGCGGCUCCUACAACACGCGUCAAACACAGUAGCACAUGUGCGGCCCCCACUGUGGUUCCUUCAAUACUCGGCAAACACACUAGCAGCAGGGCACGCAGUGCAGCGGACACGAUGGGCUAGGGGGUGGUGGAUGGGGCUCUGCAGCUGACUGACAUGGUGCUUGCUGCACCACCCAUACCAUACAGACAGCAGACAGUGCACUACAGACAGAGUGAGGCAUUGUGCAGCAGUUGCCAGGCAUGCGUGCGGCAUGCGCACGUGUAUCUACCAGCUCAACGGGGCUUCCAGUUUUGUGUAUACUCUGCUUCAUGCAUCCCUGCAUCUGUCAAUGCAUUUAUCCCAUCGUCAACCCCAUCUCUCCAGUUCGCAUCUCACUUCGUGCAUCCAGCCACUCAUGCCAGCAAGCCUUGUGGGAGGCACAUGUACAGGCAGCAUCUCAGCCUUCCACCGAAGCAUGUCUCGGAAUGUGCAGUCUUUAAUUUAGUUUGAUGCCAACUACCUUCGAGGUUCUUAAUUCACAUAACUUCUGUACGUUCUGUAAUAUUUGGCCUGGUCUCAUGACUAUCAACAA